AUGGCUUCCAACGACCAUUCGGAGACGGAUGGUUCAGGUCCUGUAACCAACAAAGAUGAAUCAAUAUUACCUGCUGUCGCCAUUGCUCAGGACUCUUCCCCGCAGCUGCCACUUUUCUCCUCCUCAGAACACACCGGAGAUCAGAACCCUUCCGCUCAGCCCGACAAUAGCCUGUACGACAAUACAAAUAGUACGAUAAUGGGUGCGACAGAUACGAGACCUAAUGUUGGCAGCGAAAAUGCGGAGCCUGCCAUUACUACUCAAACAAAGGAGCUGGACCCUCCACUGGCAACUCAUGUGCCUUCUGAGGAACCAAGUGAGGCUAAGGCUACGGAGGAUGCCCCAGAGCCAGCGUCACAGCCUCCUAACGCUUCAACGAAGGAGACGGAAUCUUUGGGCCCGUCAUUACUCAUAACUUUGCUUUUGAUAACGGGGUCGCGGCAUCCGUUUAGGAUAGAUGGGAAUUACCUCCGGAAACAAUCAAUAAACGUGGCGAACCAUGACCCUUUCGCAAUGAGUGUAUACACUCUUAAGGAAUUGAUUUGGAGGGAAUGGCGACCAGAGUGGGAACCGCGGCCAUCGUCGCCCAGCUCUAUUCGGUUGAUCUCGUUUGGAAAGCUCCUUGAUGAUAAAGCACCCUUGUCCGACUCCAAGUUUAACCACGAUGCCCCUAAUGUGGUGCAUAUGACCGUCAAACCCCAGGAACUCAUUGAAGAAGAAGACACCAAAGCGACAAAGGGUCAAUAUCCACGAGAUGCAGAUGGCAACCAACGCAGCCCUGGAUGCCGUUGUAUCAUACAAUAA